AACAAAAACAGACUUCGUCGGAGUAGAGUCAGUAGUAGCUGUCUUCAGUAAACUGGAUACUAAUCUUCUGUGUUCGUUCGUGUUUUAUCUUUGUCCAAAAAGGCUUGAGGAAACAUUACAAGCUGCAGUGCAUGUCUAGCCGGAGGCACAAGGGUUCCCGGAUUACUCCAGUUCAAACUCGUAAAUCUACAGCGCGUACCAGCAGAUUUGAACAAUGAUUGUUUUGCUAGUUUGUCGACGUGCGUUUCCUCAGGCGGUUCUCGUGGAAUCGUGAGCAUGCAGCACACAUCUGCCAGUUGAGAGAGUUAUAAAAUUAAUAAAAUGGAGCCAAGGAAUAUAGUCGUACUCUCCCUGGUGCCGCUCCUGCUGUCGGCGGUGGCGCGCGUGGCAUGCGAAAGUUUGUACGCAGCCAAUGGCGAUGUGUUGGAGCUGCGUGGCGAGGCUGAAUUCUCCAGUGCGCUGUACAGGAGCAGCUCGGUGUGGCUGGUGGAGUUCUACGCAAGCACGUGCGGACACUGUCGUCAGUAUGCUCCCAUAUACUCAGCACACGCCACUGACGUCAAAGCCUGGACACCUGUGGCUAAAGUGGCGUCGGUGAACUGUGCCGACGACAGCAACCUAGGCCUCUGCUCCGCUCAUAAGAUCUCCUCCGUGCCGGAUAUCAGGUUGUUCCCUAUCCACCAGGGCAACACGACAUCGGAUGGUCGGCUCUUCACCGGUAUCCCCCUUCAUGGCGAUGGCUCAAAGUCAGAAUCGGCCGAUAAGUCGUCUUACCUACGUCAGCGAAUGAUUGAUGUAAUCAAAGAUCAGGCUGUGAAACCAUCCACAUGGCCCAGUUUGCAGUUCGAUGGGAAACAUCCAGCUGAGCUCGCGUUCGACAAGGCGUCCAAGUUUGGCAUCGUCUUCCAAGAGAGCAAGUCCUACUUGGGUGCUGAGUUGUCACUGGAUUUGCUCGUUUGUCCGUCGGUCAAGGUUCACAUCGUCACUGAUGAUGAGGUGGGUGCUUUCUUGUCCAAUGCUCACAUUCUGAAUGCUAUACACAGGACAAUCGGACGACACAACAUGUUGCUGUGGCGAUAUGAAAGUCCGCCAUCACCGCGUGGUGGUCGCUAA